AUGGUAGAACCUGUAAUAUCUUCCCGCUUUGGAAAGCGACCGAUCCUAGAAGUGCCAGCUAUGCAAGUUUCUGGGCACACCUCACUGGAAGUGCCUUCAAUACAGUCUCCUGUUAUGAACACUACCAGCAACAUUGUACCUGUUCCCGUACCUGUUGCCAGCCCGACGCAGAUACAUUUGUACAAUCCUCCGUAUGUGGCUGGCGUGAUACCACAAGUUCAAAUACCCUAUCCAGGGUUAGACGUGAAACAACAAUCUGCGCCUGUAGGACCUUUCUACAGUCCACAAGGUCGUGAAUUUUACUACGGUCCAAAUGGUGAGAUCAUUUUCCCACCUCCAGUAAACCGUCCGAACAAUCUAUUUCCGGGAGUUGCUAGUUCAUAUACUGGAUACGCUCCCAUGCCGCCACCAGCACCAUUUAGGAUUCCGUAUCCAAACUACGGAAUGAUGACCCCCGGGUUCAACAUCACUUGUGAGUUGGAGUAUGGACGGGUUAUGAACAUCAACGUAAGAGACUCUGACGGAGAGUUCAGAGGCAUUCCGGAAUUUCUGAGAUCUGAACUUUUGAGAACAUACGGCUCUUUUCCUUACACUGAGGUCAGGAUCAAGCUGGAAGGUGGGGAGUUCCACAUCUACGCCACACACGAAAACCGCCCUAAACAUCGACGUCAUCGAAGACAUCGGGACAGUGAUUCGGACAGUGAUAGCGAUAGAAAUGGUCCCUACCCUGAAUGGAGCAGUGAUGUAGACUCGUACACAAGCGGUGUACGGCCCAGAAAUCCAGGUGACAGACCUAGAGGUGUAGUUCAUGAGCGAGGUUGGAAUCGUUUCCGGUAA